AUGGCCACGUUAGAAUCAGCCAUAACCGUUUUCGCACCUCAACGUUUUUCAAACAGCUACCAUUUCCUCGCUAAAUCACCCGAUUCCAUUAAACUCCAAGCCACUUCUAUCUCUUCUUCCAUUUUCUCCCAUAGCCACAACAAACUUCACUUAUCUUCUUUCAGAACCCAAACACCAUGCUUCGCUUUACAAGAGGUAACAGAAGCAACAAUUGAAGAUGAAAAAACUGAGACAUUAACCAACGUUAACAAGAAGUUUGCCGUGUUUAACUUGCCUUGGUCAAUGACCGCGACAGACAUCAAAGAACUCUUCGCGGAAUGCGGAACCGUUAUCGAAGUCAAGAUUGUAAAUGGAAAAGGUUUUGCAUUUCUUACUAUGGAUUCUGUAGAAGGGGCUCAGGCUGCUGUUGAACAAUUUAAUGCUCGUGAAAUAUCAGGCCGGAUAAUAAGGGUAGAGUUUGCAAAAAGAUUCAAGAAACCUUCUCCUCCAUCUCCUCCAGGCCCUCCUCCAAGUCCGGCUCCUAGUGAAGCACGUUAUGUAAUUUAUGUAUCCAACCUUGCAUGGAAAGCAAGGGCCACACAUCUUAGAGACAUCUUCACUGAGAAUUUCAAAGCGCCAGUUUCAGCCAGGGUUGUCUUUCAAACCCCUGCUGGGAGAUCUGCUGGGUAUGGAUUUGUUUCUUAUAAUACGGAGGAGGAAGCACAGGCUGCCAUUUCUGCUUUGGAAGGGAAGGAGCUAAUGAAACGACCACUUCGCGUAAAAGUAAGUGUAAAGAAAGUUAAAGAAGCUGGAAAUGAAGAAGGUGAACAACAAGAUGAUGCCAAUGCUCAACUAGAAGGUGAAAAUCAAGAUGCUGAUGCGCAACUAGAAAAUGAAAACCAAAAUGCUGAUGCUCAACUAGAUGGUGAAAAACAAGAUGCUGAUGCUCAACCUGAAGAAUCAUAA